GAUAUGAGACGACGAUCUACUUAUUUUGAUAGUGCUUCAGCCUUUUCAGCCUGCUUGAUUUUUACCAUAUCUCUCUGAAAAUAACAUCUUUAGUUCUCUCUCUCCAGGUUGCCCUGCUACAUGUUUUACCCCAAACUUAUCUCUCUCUCUCUAACAUCUUAGUUCAUUCUCUCUCUCCACAAAUGAGCUUGCUCGUUCUUACCACCUCUCUCUCUCUAUCUCUCUCUCUCUGAAGUCAAUUAACAUGUGAAACAACUUUUUCUUUCCCCAUGUGUUACCACUUUGCGUUGGUAAAUUGUUUAGGCCUAAAUAAUAUUCGAUGAUGGGUUUGACUCCAAAACCAAGGUGGCUCGAAUGAACCCAACAGCUCCAUGAGAUCUGUAUCUCAAGUUCUCUCUCCUCAGCUUCAACUGAGAUUUAUCUCACUCCAUUGAAGAAACCCAAUUAAGGAAUAUGGCCAUUUCAGUUGGGAAAUGGCUUAUUCUUCUUCCUCUUUUGGUUAUGGAAUCUGGGUUCUUCUGCUUUGUUGAUGGGAAAGAUGAGAGGAGGAUCCAUACAUUGUUCUCUGUUGAGUGUCAAAAUUACUUUGAUUGGCAAACAGUGGGUCUCAUGCAUAGCUUUAGAAAGAGGGGUCAGCCUGGUCACAUUACCAGGUUACUGAGCUGCACAGAUGAGGAAGCUAAGAAUUACAGAGGAAUGGACUUGGCCCCUACUUUUCGGGUCCCUUCGAUGAGCCGACAUCCUCGAACUGGCGACUGGUAUCCUGCCAUCAAUAAACCUGCAGGGAUUGUGCACUGGCUUAAACAUAGCAAUGAAGCAAAGCAUGUUGAUUGGGUUGUGAUAUUGGAUGCCGAUAUGAUUAUCAGAGGUCCUAUUUUACCUUGGGAACUUGGUGCUGAGAAAGGCAAGCCUGUUGCUGCUCUUUAUGGAUACUUGAUUGGAUGUGAUAAUAUUCUUAGUAAACUGCACACAAAACAUCCAGAACUGUGUGAUAAGGUUGGUGGUCUCCUUGUUAUGCAUAUUGAUGACCUAAGAGUAUUGGCACCGAUGUGGCUUUCGAAAACAGAAGAAGUUCGUGAGGAUCGUGCUCACUGGGGGACAAAUAUAACUGGUGAUAUUUAUGGAAUGGGAUGGAUCAGUGAGAUGUAUGGAUAUUCGUUUGGUGCUGCAGAAGUAGGACUAAAGCACAAGAUAAGUGAUGAGCUGAUGAUUUACCCAGGGUAUAUUCCAAGAGAAGGGGUUCAGCCCAUUCUUUUGCAUUAUGGUUUGCUCUUUACUGUGGGAAAUUGGUCUUUUAGCAAGUUAAAACAUCACGAGGAUGACAUUGUCUAUGAUUGCAACCGUGUUUUCCCUCCUCCUCCUUAUCCAAAAGAGGUGGAAAUGAUGGAAAACGAUCCAAACAAAAAGCGGGGCCUUUACCUAAGCUUAGAGUGCGUUAAUAUGAUAAAUGAAGGCCUAUUGAUACACCAUGCAGCUUCUGGUUGCCCAAAACCACGCUGGUCCAAGUAUUUGAGUUUUUUGAAGAGCAAGACUUAUGCUCGUUUGACUCAGCCAAAAUCAUUGACUCCUGAAAUAAAAGAAAAUUUGAAAUUCAAUAAGCAGGAGCCAUCUGAGGAUCCAGGAAGGGUGCACCCAAAAAUCCAUACAGUUUUCUCUACUGAAUGUAUUCCAUAUUUUGAUUGGCAAACUGUGGGUCUUAUGCACAGCUUCCACCUGAGUGGACAGCCUGGUAAUAUAACACGUCUACUUAGCUGUACGGAUGAAGACCUCAAGAAAUAUGCAGGACAUGAUUUGGCUCCCACCCACUAUGUCCCAUCAAUGAGUAGACACCCAUUAACUGGUGACUGGUACCCAGCAAUCAACAAGCCUGCAGCUGUCCUGCAUUGGCUUAAUCAUGCUGAGAUAGAUGCUGAAUUCAUAGUUAUUCUUGAUGCUGAUAUGAUUCUUAGAGGACCCAUUACUCCCUGGGAGUUCAAUGCGGAGCGUGGACACCCUGUUUCAACCCCUUAUGAGUAUCUUAUAGGGUGCGAUAACAAGCUUGCAAAGCUCCACACAAAGAACCCUGAAGCUUGUGAUAAGGUGGGUGGAGUGAUAGUCAUGCACAUAGAUGAUUUGAGAAAGUUUGCUAUGUUGUGGCUUCAUAAGACAGAAGAAGUUAGGGCUGAUACGGAGCAUUAUGCAACUAAUAUUACUGGGGAUAUUUAUGCAAGUGGCUGGAUUAGCGAGAUGUAUGGGUAUUCCUUUGGGGCAGCUGAGUUAAAUCUGAGGCAUCGUGUGGAUAGAGACAUGUUGCUCUAUCCAGGUUACAUACCGAAUCCAGGCACAGAACCUAGAGUCUUCCAUUAUGGGCUCGGGUUUGGGGUUGGGAAUUGGAGUUUUGACAAGGCAGUUUGGAGGGAGAGAGACCUAGUCAAUGUUUGUUGGACUCAAUUUCCUGACCCACCUGAUCCCUCAACUCUCUCUCAAACCGAUGAAGACUCCUUCCGAAGAGACAAGUUAAGCAUUGAGUGCAUGAAGACAUUGAAUGACGCUCUAUAUUUGCAUCACAAAAGACGGAAUUGUCCUGACCCAACUCUCAAAAACACUUUGGAUCAAGGGACUGUUUCGGGUAAAGAAAAUGGUGCAUUGAAUGAAACUGUUUCAGGAAAGGUAGCAAUGUCAAGAACCAUUGAUUUAGAUAGGAAAGACUCAUUCCAUGCAUUCAGUAAAUUGAAGGUUCCUAGUUACUGGAUGGUUAGUUUGUGGAGUUUCUUUGCUUUGGGUUUCUUGGUUAUCAUCUCAUUGAUGCUAUCAGGUAGAAGGGCAGAGAGUACAAAGGGCCAUGCUAAUAGAAAUAUGAAGAGAGCAUCACAAUCAAAUGGGGGAUCUUAUUAUCACCUCUAUAAUCCAGAGACCAGUUCAAAAGCUUGAAGUUUUGAACAUAGGUGGUGUGUAAUUGGGAAACUGAAGUGUUGGGCACCCUUGAAGAGAGAGACAGGUCAGAAGAUUGUGGGGCUCUACCAUGUAUUCUACCCGAGGAGAGAGAGAGAGAGAGAGAGAGAGAGAGAGAGAGAGAGAA